CCACAACGACUCAGUUGGCUUGUCAGGUGCACGAGACGCGCGGCAUCUUGUCUCAGAUAUGAAAACGGUCAGCUAACGUCAUUUGUUCACGUCGGUUCUGUUCAAAGCGACGGUUCGUCCGGUGUGUCGCGGAGAAGAACUGGAGGCCGCCGCUAGCGGCGAGCGUCGGUAUCGGAGCUCCGGGUCUGUGUGAACCUCUGUAGCGGUCUACGGUGAGCGGCGGGCUGUGUUGGAAAACACUGAGUAACAGCUGUCCAGCAGUGACAACCAGCACCUCCCUGAGGGAUCAAAGCCAUAGCAACGUCACAUAUUCAAGACAGGACACACAGCCACAAACACAGAUGAUUGAAACAUGAAGAUGCAUGUGAUGUGGAUCACAACACUAAUCGACAAUGAGCUCCAUGCACCGUAGAUAACGGGCCUGUACUUCCGCUUUGUUUCAGACUGUGUGUGUGUUGCUGGUUUUCGUCACUCCAGCUGCUGACUCCCAUGGCUCCAGAAACUGUCUGAUUCUGGAUCUGUCAAGCAAGAAUAAGACAGGUAGAGAGAGAUGAGUUGGGCUGAGGAGGACUGGACGGUGGGGCUAUCUGGACGGGUUCUGCAAAAGGUGAAGGAGUUGCAGGUCCAUCAAGAGCGACUGUCCAGAGAGAACAAGCAGAAACAGCUGCAACUGGACAACAUCCAUACGGGCGUCGAAAAACAGAACGUGAAGUAUGAGGAGGUCCGUGGGGAGCUCCAGUGUCUGCAGAGAGAGCUCCGGGGUGUUCGAGAGGAGGCCAAGGCAGCAGUGACCAGCAGUGAGCGCCUGACCCAGGAGCUUCAGACUAAGCAGGCCCAAGUAUGCUCUUUGGAGGGCCAGGUAGAUGCUGCUCGCACCCUCAACAGCAAACUCACCCUCGAAAUCAAAAGGCUGGAGGCAGAGCUGCAGAACAGCAGCAGAUCGGCAGAUACAACGCUGUUUUCUACACCCUGCUGGAAUACAACAUCCCCCUGGGAAGACAAUGGCAGUAGAAAGGAGGAGCGGCCAGGUUGUAGAGAUGAAGGACUCCAUAUUCGACGGCUCCAGUUCUCCGAAGUAGGCUCAGCCUCCUUACCCCGACACCAAAACAAGAACACACCCCAUCGCCAUUCGUCCGACCAAUCGGACAUCUUCUCCACUCCCUUGGCUGCGUUUCCGUGGGAACAGGAUAACUCGAGGCCAGCAGCCAGGAGACCGUCUCCGAGCUCUCCCCAGACACCCUGCACAGAUGUCAUCAGUCAAGGCCUGUUGGAGAAGAGGGUUUGUGGGAAGGAGAAGGACCACAGGACGGAGACAGACACAUCUUUAACAGAUGCAUGGAGUCGUGUGACCGCUCUGGAGGAGGAGCUGUGUGCGAAGGCCCGGACGCUGAAGUCCAUCCAGAGUGAAAUGGUGCAAAGCAAGAAGGAGCUCGGGGCCAGGGAGCUCAGCCUUCAGAAAGUCAGCAAUGAGCUCAGCCUGGCACACGCACGCACAGCCCAGGAGAGUGAGCGGGCGUCAGGAGCUGAACAAAGGCUGAAGCACCUCCAGGAAGAGCUGAAGUGUCAGAGGCAAAACACAGAGAGCAGCAGACUGCAACACCAACAACGCUUAAAGGAGCUGGAGAAACAACACCAAAGGGAUUUGACAGAGCUUCAAAAGGAGAAGCAGUCUCUGGAGAAGCAGCAUCAGCAGGAGGUGAAUAAGUGCAACGUGGAGCUCCAGCAGGCCAGGACGCUCCACAACGCCCUGCAGGCCCAGGCUGACAAGCUGUCUCUACAGAAGCAGGCAUUGAACAAGGAGCUGGACACUGUGAAAGAGAAACUAAAGUGGACGGAGGGACAGCUGCAGGAGAGCCAGAAGAAAGAGGCACAGACACAAGCCAAACUGACGGAAGCUUUGCGUGAGGCAGAGGGUGUGGCAGUGAGUCUGGAGCAGAGCAGGAAGCGAGAGCGAGUUCUGGAGGAGGAGGGGAGGAGACUGGCAGAGGAGAGAGUUGACGCCCUUCGUCUUCUUAAAGAACUGCAGGAACAAAAAGCUGUCCCAGCAACCCCUCUUCAACCUGUCCAGCUGUGCCCUGUUGGGCAGAGUUUCUCCCCUCAACCUUCUUACUCUCUUCAUUCUCGACCAUCAACUCACAUCAAGAGGCCCAGUGUCACCACCCUAGCCGAGCAGAAGAGGGAAGAGGACGUGGAUAAGAGAAGGGCAGAGAUUGCAGCAUCUUACCCGUCUGACAGAGAGCCAGGAGAAGGCAUCGACUCCGAACACAUCACUGACUUUAUCUCCCCAGACUCUGAGUGUUUACAAAGUGGAGGACACAGAAGUAAUGAGGUGGAGAAUAAAAGUAGAAAUGAGGCGAUAGAGAGUGACAGCUCUGGAACAAACAAGUGCUCCACAUUUGAUCAAGUGCUCUCUGCUUCCCCUCAUUCUGCUGCUGGUACGCCCACCAACACCUCUAUGAAUGGUGAUCGUUGUGAGGCCUCUGAAGACCUCAAGAAGGAGAAUGCCACACUGCGUUCAGAGCUACAUGAUGCACGUGAAGAACUGCAGAAACGACUUGAGGACUUGGAAGCCCAACGACGGGCCGAGACAGAAGCCAGGACCCGGCUCAAACAACUCAGCCGCAAACGUGCCAACCAGGCUGUGGAGAAGGAUGAGCUGGACAAGGAAUGGGGGGCACAGCUGGAGAGUGAGAGGGCUGAGACAGAGAGGUUGAGGAAGGCCAUGGCUGUUUUGGAGAAAGAGAUGACAAGAGGAAGGGAGGAAAGAGAUGAGAGAGAGGAGCAGGAGGAGAAAAACAAAGCACUAGAAGACCGGGAGAAUGAAAUGAUAGAACUUAAUAUCCAGCUAAAGAAACAGCUAGCGGAGGUGAAAGCUCAGCUGGCUUUAGAAAAGGAAGAGCGAAAGAGAGAGGAAGAGGAGAGGAACCAAAUAACCAACACAGACAUAGAUGUAAAGAAAGAGCUGAGAACGAAACUGGAAGAACUUAGAGGUGAAUUGGAAGAACUGAAGCACAGCAGAGAAGAAGACUCACUGGAAGAGGAGAAACUCUCAUUUGCCAACAGCCCGCUGACAUACUUGACCCUCCACAAUGAUGAGCUCAACUCCAACAUUGUUCGCUGUGACAACAAACCUCUCCCUUCACCGGAGCAGCGCCACCUCUUCUGCCAGAACACCAACCAACACAACAUGCUUGUAUCUCAGACCACAGCAGUUCUAAUCCAGGAAGAGCGAACAGUGAUAGGUCCUGAACGCUCACCUCUGUCAGAUGAGGAGCAAACAGGUGUAGUAGCCUCUGACAUGGAAGACGACAGACAAAAAAAUCUGCGAGGGUCUCCCCUGUCAGACCACACAAGGUCACUUUCUGACCUCCAGCAGGUUGAGCCUGCCGCCUCAGAUUUGACAAAAGAGGUAGUGCGCCUGCAGAAGGAGAAUACAAAGGAGACAGAACGUGCUAACCAGUACCAGGUUAAGCUGGAGGCCCUGCAGAGCCAGGUGACACGUCAGACAAAGCAGCUAACCAUGGCCUUUGAGAAGCAGAGUCAGCACAUCUCUGGUCUUCUGGCUGAGCUACAAGAGAAGGAGAGUAUCCUCCUCGUCCAGGGAGAGGAACUGCAGCGCUACAAGCAAGAGCUGGAUGCACGCAAGGCUGAUAAAGAGGGAGAGGAGAAGAAAAGAAGAGAGGAGAUGAUAGUCAAAGAGGUGGAGGAUAAAGAACAAAAAGAAGAGACACAAGAUGAGAGGUCUGUGGAGAUUUCAGGGCUUCAGUCAAACCAGAAAAAUGAGUGUUCUGUCACCAUCCUCAUUACAAACUCAGGAGCAGACAGUCACUCUGAUGCACAAAGAGGUCAACGAGAGAUUGUGACAUCUAAUGCUGAAAGACCAACAACACCUAUUAGUGGUGAAUCAGACAAUGAAGCCCGAAGGUCAGGGGAACAGCAUCCAGGCUCUCAGGACAAGACUCAGAGUAACCAGGACUCUGCUGGUUUGAUGGGUGAGACUGAGUCCAGUCAAGAUGGAGGUACAGCAGACAUGGUUGCAGAACUGCUCGCCCUCCAACAGGAGAAUCUGCUGCUGAAACAAGUAAUAGAGGGCAUGGCUGUCUCAGACACCAGGACCCCAGCAUUAGACACGGACAGUGAAAAACAAGAAGACCCAGUCAAGCAAAGCCAAAACACAGGAAAUGCUUCUCUGUCCUGCUUGGCGGAGCACAGGUCACAAAGUGUGCCGGAUAAUAUCAGCACUGACGCGGAGCAAUCACUGCUUCAGGAUGUGAAGAGGAUGAACAAUGAAGGAGAUUUAGGAAUGGGAGAUUGUCGGGCUACAAAGGCCGAAGAAGAGCUGGAGGCAGUGUCUGAGCUUCAGAUCAACCGCCUACACCAUCAGGUGGAGGAGCUGCAUAUGAGGUUACGGGCUCUCUCUGCGGAGACCAAGCAGCAGGCCGAUGAGCUUGUUAUGUGGAGACUGGCCUCCCAACCAGCCCUAAUAUUGGACCAGUUCGUUCCCAAUACAGACAACCAGUCUGAGACCCAGGACCAGAUCUCUGCUGUCACACAGUCCCAGUCAAACCAGCAGCAGGCCGAUGACAUGACCCAGAGCCAGGCUCUGACUGUGACUAGUCAAACCCAGGUUCAGGAGCCUAACCUGGGGGUUCAGGAGAGCCCUGGUGUUGUGACAAUAGUCAGAGAAGAUGAUGUAUUCCUCUCCUGCUCCUCCAACAAACUGCAGGGCCGCAUGUUGUUCUCCAGACUUCAGCACAGCAACCUCCCUGAACCAAAGAGUCAUGAUCCUUCUAAAAAGACUGUGGCGUUUCAGGAAUGUAAUCAGAUUGUUCAGGAAUCGGAAAAAGAAAACCAUGAGAUUACCCUCAUGCAUCAGUUGAAUAGCUGUCAAAUAAACCACAAAGGGAUGAGAGACACGGGCGUUUUACAAAUGUUAUUUGAGAAAGUUGGACAACCACAUGCCACCAAAGAUUCCACCAAAGUCUCAAGACCAAAGCAGACCAAAUCAGCUGAGUGUUACACAAGGAAUCCUGAGGCCAUAUCUAAUGCUUCCAGACCCACUAACGAAUUACAAACAACACAUGAUUGCUCAGACAAAGAUGACUGGGCCGAAAUGAGAUGUGUCAGCAGUCAAACGGAGGAGAGUUUGCAUCUUCACAGUGCUCCAACAACCUCUGAACUCCACUGUGCAUACACACAGACUGAGGAGGAAGAUGAAGAAGAGUUGGUGGUCUCUCCUGUUCCAUCAUCUGAAGGGGCAGGGUUAGGAGAUAGAGUGUUGUUUACGGGUUCCUUCCCCAUCCCGACUGAUCCGGCCCGUCUGGCUGAAAGAAUCCGCCGCAACAGAACGCAGCUGUCAGCCGCCUUUGACGACACAGAGUAUGAACCCUAUGGACUGCCGGAAGUUGUUAUGAAAGGAUUUGCCGACAUACCUAGUGGUCCCUCGUGUCCCUACAUUGUAAGAAGAGGUUUGUUAGGGACAGCUGUCGUACCUGUCCCUCAGAAAGACCAGAGACCGGAGGAGGAGACGGAUUAAAGUACAGCCGUAGUUGCCUACAGAUCUGGUGGAAAGAGCGAUUACUGUGGCUUGACAAAGAACCUCAGUAAUGGACGAUAGCUGCUUCAGUCACCAGCAACCUGAAGCCCUUCAGACCUUCAAAAAAACACAAGACCAGUGCAGGUAACUGGGCCUGCACUGGCAGAAUAAACACUUCCACUGUGGAUCUAAAAUGUCUUAACGGUCACUAGUUUAUCCUCUUAAUUGCUGGGACUUUGCUGCCCACCACAAUACCGCCACUGUACACCCACCUGUACAUUUAGGUUCAGAGGUAAUGAUGUUUGUUGGUAUUUAUUUAAAGUUUACAACCACUUUUCCAAAGGGACUGUUUAGUGUCUCAGCAUUAACGUUUGGAUCUAGCUUCGGCCUACUUUGAGUGACACAGUGCCUAGUUCAUGCUUUUCAGGAUAAGUUUGACUUGUUUUCCAAAAGGGUGAAGCCGAGAGAGGCCUGUUGUAAAAAUGUGGUACAUAUAUUUUCUUCGUUUUAAUCCCUGACGAGGUGUGUGUGUGUGUGUGUGUGUGUGUGUGUGUGUGUGUGUGUGUGUGUGUGUGUGUGUGUGUGUGUGUGUGUGUGUGUGUGUGUGUGUGUGUGUGUGUGUGUGUGUGUGUGUGUGUGUGUGUGUGUGUGUGUGUGUGUGUGUGUGUGUGUGUGUGUGUGUGUGUGUGUGUGUGUGUGUGUGUGUGUGUGUGUGUGUGUGUGUGUGUGUGUGUGUGUGUGUGUGUGUGUGUGUGUGUGCGCACAUGUGUGUAUUUAUGUGUAAAUACAUACGUGUGUGUAAAUACAUGCAUGCAUACAUACAUACACGUGUGUGGGGGGGGAGAGAGAGGGGUGAGCACAUGUCUAUGACUCAGUCCAACCUGUGUUGGUUUCCGCUCCAUGUAUGGUGAAACACUGCGCUCCUUCUCUCCUCCUGCUGCUGCUGCUGUGCUUCUCUGUCUGACACUAACGAGCGCUCAGUGGUUGAAUUCAUCAUAAACUAAUCAAUUUAAGCUUUAUUUUAUUAGCGGAGCAUACAGAUAGAUGUAGUUGGUUCAUUAUAUUUAAUCAGAUAUAAUUUAUUUGAGUGAUUUGACACAUGCACAUUUGUUACUGUGCCAUAGACAACAGUAUGUACACUGUAGAUUUUGUAGAUACAUUUGGAGUUGACGUUUUGUUUUAUGCCCUUUAACAUUGUUUGAGUCAAAGUUAAAGGAAAGGGUCAUAUAUAUAUAUUUUUUGUUUGCUCACAUGUACAUAGAGUGACUAGUCGUUGUUCAGCAGUCUGAGUUUAGACACCAGAUUGUAGUACAGCAAAAUAUGUUGUGUAGAAGUUUGGUGACUACUCGCAUUGCUAUUCGCUAAUGGGACGAUAAGUUCACAGUUUAUUCAAAAGGUGUAGUUGUACCAUUGACUCUUGUCUGAUAACUGCCUGCAAACAUCACCGACCACGGCGGAGUUUAAAUGAAAGUGAAUAGCUGCAUCGCAGCCGAUAAUCAGUGUUUACUUGCUGAGUUCUGAUGAAGGAAUACUAACACAAAGGGAAUCUUCAUACUAAAAAGACAAACUAAUGUAAGUCUGAUGAUAACUUCAGGAAUAGGACUGGGUUGUGUCGCUGAUUUAAAAACACUGAUAUCGCUUUUAAAGUUUACUUUGUGGCCACUAUGAACAGUAGGAACAAUUAUACUGAUUAUACAUUAAAUCUUUAAACGCUUAUUGGUACAUGAGAAUUGUUUUGAGAUUGACUUGAAGAAAAAAAAGCAACCCUAUUCUUUAAAACCUUGCUUUAGAGAUUAAGUGUUUUUGACAUAUUUGUGUUGAAAGUGUGGAGUGAUUAAUUUUUUUUAUGUGAACGGUCCUGACUUGAUGCCAUCGCCUUUCAUUUGCCAUGUUGAUAAACACACACACACACUUCCCCUCCCUUUCAGCUGCCUUCAUAUCUCUGGGAUCUGUAGUCUUUCGGCAGUGACGGCCUCACUGUUUAUUUGUUGCCUUGCUUUAGACACUUUCAUGUGAAUCUUUCUGUGUUCAAAGCUACAAUAAAAGGCUUGCUCAUGAUUGAA